UGGGGCGUCUUCAAGUGGUUUCAUUGUGAUGGAUAAACUUGAAGAACUGUAUUCUAUUGCAUUUAGCUGUAACUGUUUCGAGGAAGCCUACAAAAGGGGAAUUUAUAACGCGCAGGGAGAGUUGUUCCAAACUUUGAGCUUCAGCUGGGAAAAUGACGACAUCGAUUCAAUAUUGCUAGCUCUUACUGUGGUCCAAAAGCUUUCUGACAGACUUGGAACACUUCGAUGUACAUAUUUAAAGAUUAUUGUAGAUGAUCUGGUCUCCAAGAACCACGUAGUGGAUGAUUUGUUAAAAUAUCUGGAUCACAGAAAUCAGUAUGUUGUCUUUUCUGCUUCCAAAGCCAUUGUGCUAGUUUUUCAGGCGCUUCCCAAGGAAAUGAUAAAAACACAAUGGUUUCAGACGCUGUUUAAUUUUGGUAAAGAAACUAAACAGCCUUGGAGAAAGCUUUACACCAUGGAAGUAUUGAAUAAGAUUCUGAAAAAUUCUAGAGAAACUCUCAAGAACAGUUAUGAAAAUUCCCAACAACAGGCCAUCAAUCAGAUGUGCUCCUGCUCACAUGAAGCAGGUAGUGCAUGUUUGAUUAGUACUACUGUUUCAAGAACUGAGCUGGUUGAUAUGUUGUUGGGGAGUUUAAAUUUGCAGCACAUCUUGUUUUACUACCUUCCUUUUAUUGUGCGACCAAAUGGAAUGUAUUCUUUUCUGAGAAGCUGUCAACAAGUUGGGCCUGCUGAAGAUUUUGUUGUGCUUCAGGCAAGUCUAAAAUUAGGUGAUGCAAUUCACAGUCAAGAAAACGUGAAAAGAGAAGCCAUUAGAGGAAUGAAAGAAAAUGACUUAGUUGCAUUCUUGCACUGUAUUACAGAGCUGGCAAAAUAUUUGGAAGUCAGCAGAACACUUCAGAAUAAGUCUACAGCCGAUACAAAAUCUUGGAGUCAAGAAGAAAAUUACUUGCUAAGGUCCCAAGAGCCUGGAUCACAAGAGUUCUAUAGAACAAAUACAGUUGAACUGUGUGAAGGUAAAACUGAUUCUCUAUGUGUAACUGAGAUGGCCAUAACCCAUGUAAAGGAUGUUACUGUCAAUCAACUUUGCACUGUCAUGGCAACCUUGAUCCAGUACCUUCAUUAUCCAAGACUACCAUCGCUGAUUUUCAAGAAGAUUUUGGAAGUUUUGAAUCACGUGGUAGUUAUACCUAACUCAUUUAUGUUCAGGCAGAAAACCAAAUGCACAAAACUGGAGAGGAUAGUAAGGAGCUCUUCAAUAUCCUUUUUAAGUGUUGUUCAAUGUUGUCUCUUUGACAAAAUACCGAGAUGUUCAGGAUUUGUUGGAUUCAGUGGAACAGAAAUGAAGAGUCCCUCAGAAUCUGUGUGCAACAAAGUUAGCAGCACUGAUCUUGUUGCACUACGGAAGGCUUCACUGAUGGUUUUUAAGUCUUCUUUUGUUAUGCUGAAGUUGGCCAAAAAGCAUGAAGGUUCAUUGUUAUUUCAGAAUAUGUCCCUUUCCUGUGUUAGCAAGUGGUGUUCAGAAAUUUUCUCUCUUGCUCCUGAUGCUUGUUGGAAUGACAAGUCCAACAAAGAAAGUUCUCACAAAAGUGAAUUUCAUAACUGUCUCGUGGCGCUCUUUGUUGAUCAAGAUGAUGAUCUUGUGGAAGUUAUGUUGCUUCUCCUUUUACUUUUUCAAGAAAUUCACCAAACUGUUCCUAGCUGUGGAGAAAUGUCAACAACCAUUUUACGCCAGUUGAACCCACACUUGCUUUUCAUCUCAUUUGCUGAAUCAGUUGAGUUCGAUCACUCGUUCCUGCUCGACCUUCUGAUUUCGUCAGAGACUCGAUUUCUGGAAUACCUUGUGCAGUAUCUACACUUUGUGAUUGCUGGAUGGAGUUCAUUUGUGCAGUGUUUGGUGGAGUAUAAAGAAAGAAUUUCUUGCACUGCAGAAGAAAGUAUGAGUGACGAAGUGGGGAUGUGUAGUGUGAGCCUAAGCGAGUUUGAAUCUGAUUCUAAUUCUUCUGAAAAGUCUUCGGAGUUUGAGAGUAGUGUUGCCAACGAAAUGCGCUCAAGUAAAAAUGAGUCGUUGUUCGCAAGACAGGAAACCAUGGCUGGUGAAGACAGACAAUGUCCUGAGUUGCCAGAUACGUUUCCCAGGCCGCAGAACAACAGCUAUGAAAAGUGCGAAAUUAGCCAUGAAGUUUGUCAGUCCGAUUCUCGUCUUGUGGGAGUUCCAACUGGCGAGCUUGAUGGCUUGACAAGCAUUGUUUUGGCGUAUUCUUCAAGCGAUGAAUCCGAAAUUGAAAAUGAAGAUGAAGACGAGAGUGUCAAUGACAAUAAAACGCCUGCUGUUUCACAGUCUGACUCCAUCAUUUGUAGUAGUGUUCGUUCAAACAACAACCAACUUAGUGGCUCUUCGUCUUUUGAUAAAGCAGACAAAGCCGAAACGUUUCACUCAACUUUUACUGCUAAGAGCUGUUCUGCUCUUCCUCAAAAUGUUUCAGAAACGCCAAGGAAACACACAAGUAAUUUAAACAAUUCAGCAUUCUCAGAACAUCCAGGCUUCUCUUCAAAUCAGCCGCCCGGUGAUUCGAACUUAAACGUUAAUGACUGCCUCGGUGAUCAAAGUUCUUCGUCGAAUACGGAACUACUUCCUUCAAAUGACAGAAACACAGAUAUCUUUAUCACUAAAGAGAGUCAUUUUGAGGGAAGUGUCACCAAUCCAACUGCUGUUGAAAGCGAGUUAUUGGACAAAGUAAUGACAAUGUUGAUUCGUCUCAGGUUGUCAGUGACGAGGUUAUCGUCUGGUGGGCAUUUCCCGUACCCUGCCGUACCUUUGAUAUCACUGAUGGAGAAUGUAGAGAAAUAUUACGAUGGUUGCUGACCUGUGUACUGCGGCUAAUACUAGCGCUCUUCAAGGGAAGAUGAAGGGUCGGAGAGGUUAUCUUCCAUAUAGAUCUUAUUCCCAUUGCCAAAGGUAAUCCCUCUUGAGUUAUUUUUAGAGAUGGUACCC